AUGAAAACUGCAGGAAGCCCGGAGGUUUGUUGUGAGAUCUUCAGGAUAGAUAAGGUACGUGGACGAGCCCAAGCCUGUAAGCAAAGCAACGUCUGGAACAGAGGCAACGCUGCCCUUGACCUGCGGGACACUGGGAAUUGCUCCACGUUCGUGAACUUCCUCACUGCUCGGGUCGGCUUCCCCGACAUACUUCCCACCCCCGCGAGCGGCGCACCUUCCCGGGUCUUCAAGGUCAACGGAAACUGGACACCUGCGUCCUCGAGCUCCGGGUCUGCGCUUGGAGCCAGCAGUAGCGGCCCGGCCCAAGGGCGACUGCCACGGCGCACCGGAUCCCCACGGCCCCUGCAGCCCCCGGGUCCACAGGGCGUCCAGAGGCUAGCCGGGCCGAGGCAAGACGCGGGAGAUUCACGCCGAGUCCUGGCAGGAGCGCAGGCAGGGCAAAGGCGCUCGUCGCGCCCCUACUUCACGAAUGCGCGCCGGAAAGCAACAGGGUGGGCUCCGGCCGUGGACACAACACGCCCGACAGGGGCGCAGUUACUUGCACUUCGGGGCCGCUCCUCCCUCCCUCGAUCCCUCCCGGCGGCCCUGCGGCCCCAGGCCUCCAUGCCCCGCCCCUCCUUGCCCCGCCCCUUCCGUCAGCGCCGCCGCGGCGAGAGCGGGCCGGGCGGGGCUCACGGGCGCGGCGGCGGCGGCGCAGCGACCCCUGCUGGAGAUGGCGCUUCGGAGGACUGCUUAGAGGACGGACCCCAGCCGAUUCGAGCCCGGAAGCCGGCGCCGCCUGUUUCCACGUGGCUGAAUAGAGCUUACCUUCCUGCGGUGUCCUUGGAUUUUCUGGGGUCACAAACCCUUUUGAACAUCUUUGAGAGUUAUAACGUUGCUUCCAUAAAAAUGUACAUACCUGCCAGAACUUACUAAUAAACUAAGGCACAAAAAAAGCCUAAGGGAAAGAAGCUGAGUGGCUUAUCCCUGAUGAAGGAAGUGACCCCAGACCACUCCG